UCGCCGCAAGUCGUGCAAGAAGCUGCAAGUCGGCGAGAGAAAAGGAAGAGAAAUAGGCUAAGACAACCAUCGCAGAAACUGGCAGGUCCUAUGAAACGGGCAAGCGCGAUCAAGACAAGAACGACGAAAACGACGAAAACACCAGAAAGGACGACGAUUUUCGUUAAGAGAGCCUACCGAAGCGGCGGUGGCGGAAAACGUAACGCCGCGCUCGACUCGAGCUGAGCGGAUCGGAGCCUUUCAUCGCCAUCGACCACGGCUGCGACGCGAACGGCUGAACGGCGGAGAACUUAUGCGACAUGCCUCGAUCCCGUCAGAAGCAGAAAGCGUCCUUCCGCGUUACGCCGAGGCUGGCGAGAACUCUCGGCGUGUGCGUUUCCCGGCGUUGCUCCGACGACUUCGCUAGAUGGUGACGUGAGCAGCCAUGGCGAAGCGGGCCUCGUAGCUGGCUGCACGAUACGAUGAUACGCCUCGAAUUUCUGCUAGCGAGAUAGAACGAAUAGCCUAGACGGAGAGGAUGAGUGCCGCCGUCUAAUCUGAUUUCUCUAACUUUCACCUGAUUUCUCUGGAGACAACUGAAAGAGGAAGCUAGAGAAAGUGGCAUGUGCGUUGGAGGGAGCACGCGGUGGAUGAGGCUGGGCGAGCGGGCGUGGUGGGAAGGAAAGGAAGGACUGAAAGCCAACACCGCCAAUGCUGGCUGAUGGCUGAAACCCCACUGACCGAUUUCUUGUCGCUACUGGAGUUGAAUUCGCACAGCACACCUCCACCUCCGAGCGAGCCACGCGCCCUCCACCUCUGUUCUGCUGUUGUUCUGCCUCACCCUUCACCUCCCACUCGUUCUCCGCACUUCCUGGUCCAACGCAGCAGUGGCAACAGUUGAGUUUCUUCACUCCAAGAAGAAUAAAUACCCCAAUCGCUAGUCAGCCAUUGUAUAACAAGCAGCUAGCAACCUUCUCUCAGCAGUCUUUAGCAACAUACAGUAUCUACCUUCAGUCGUCACCAUCCAGCAUCUGCCUCUGUUGAAUACUCUUAGUCCUAAAUCUAUUUGAUCCAAUGGCCGCUGUCUCGAUGACUCUCGCUCGCACCUGCGUUCCGUCGAGCACCACUCUCUCGAAGCCAUCCCGUCUCAGCGACGCUUGCAACACCAUCUCAGUCGCACGGCCCACCACCUUCCGCUUCACGCCUAGAGCCGACGCCUCCCCGUCCUCCCCGUCGUCCCCCUCAUUCCCUUCCCGAUCCGUCGCUACCAACGCCAUGGCGUUAGGGAUUCCGGCGCCGACUAGUUCCACCGGCUAUUACUCCGGCUACCCGACCGAGUCUCUCCCGCCGACGCCGGUUUUCCCAUCGAACCAGGCGAUGUCGCAGUUCCUGCAGUCGUACGGUCGCAUGCUGCAGCACGUCCAGGCGAACGGUCGCAACGGGCAAUCCGGCGACGCUGUAGUGUCGGGCGACUCUCUCGCAGCAGCGGGUGCGACGGUGGUUGAGCGGGUUCAUCUUGGACUGAACGCGCUGCUCGGUCACCCCGUUCACGGUGUGCAAGGCGGGCAGAGGUGGUGCGAGAAGGAGAUGCAGGUGGAGCGGUGCCUAGCGGAGCUCGAGAGGGACAUUGACGGCAUCCGCUCCGCGCACGAGCGACCCCCACGCGCCUCCACUCUCGCCCUCGCCACGGCUCACUGCUACGAAGCCGCUCGCCUCAUCCGCUCACUCUGAUUGGAUCGCCACAGCCGCGCCUCAUCCGUUCGAUUGGAACAUCUCGGGGUCAUCUCAGCCGUUCUCCCCCACGCGUCAUCUGCUCGAUCUGAUCCGCUCGCAUUCGUUCACAGCCUUCAGCCGCUGCAGCAGACCCUCUGGAGCCGAUUUUCGCCGCCAUCGUGUUAGGUUCUUCAGGCUGGCACCGAUCUUCGUUAUUAGCUGUAGGUUCAUUAUUCAGCCAGCAGGUUGUUAUUACAUGAGUGGUGGGCAUGCCGCGGUUCCUGUUUCUGCCAGCGGUUUUCGUUCUUGGAACGAGGUGCCUCGGGGCUUGUCCCAUGCUGGGGGGAGCAGCCAUCACCUGACGCUGUGCGGUGUACAUAAUUGCAGGAACAGCGGCAUGUCUGAUCACCAUGGAGACAUUUCAUGUGCCUCCUGUAUUUUGCUCCAUUUACCGAAGUGACGCAUAAAUGGCUACAUUACUUCCUGGGCUCAAUCUAGCAUAAACUACUCUAAACCCUCGUUUCUAAAAUAAUGUCCCAGUUGGUUCACUAGCCACAUACCGAACCAUAUGAAGCAACGUUUUUACAAUGAUGAUGGUCAAAAGAAAGCGUCGGUUAGCGU